AUGUCUGCACCAUCAGACGGGCCUGGGCGUCCUGUAAUCGAUUCACAGCAAGACCUCCCUCAACUCACGACCACAUUACCAAGUCCCUCGACCUCCCAAUCACGAAACAGACAGCUUGAUGAUCGUUCUCCUACAUCCCCAACUGAGCCUGUACCUGUAGGAGGGGGUGUUGUUGUCGGACUGACUCAUGGGAGCUCCCCUAAAACUACUCGGAUUUGUGGAAAGUGUCAGGGUCCUUUAACAGGUCAAUUUGUGCGUGCUCUUGGCGGAACAUUUCACUUGGAUUGUUUUAAAUGCAGGGACUGCGGAGUAACAGUAGCCUCCAAGUUUUUCCCCGUGGACGAGGAGGAAGGAGAAGGCCAAUAUCCGCUGUGCGAAACGGAUUAUUUCAGACGCCUAGACCUUCUUUGCCAUGAAUGUGGUGGGGCGCUAAGGGGCUCAUACAUUACUGCCCUAGAACGGAAAUACCAUAUUGAGCAUUUUACAUGUUGUGUUUGUCCAACAGUGUUUGGGCCACAGGAUUCCUACUAUGAGCAUGACGGCAAAGUUUACUGCCAUUACCACUACUCAACCCAAUUUGCAGCCCGGUGCAACGGAUGCCAAACCGCAAUUCUAAAGCAAUUUGUGGAAAUUUUUCGGAAUGGACAGAAUCAACACUGGCACCCGGAGUGCUAUAUGAUACAUAAGUUUUGGAAUGUUCGGCUUGCGCCUCAGGAAACCGGGGAACCAAAGUCGCCAUCUGUAGAGGACCCCUCAACUCAGAGGCGCUCAUUGGUUCGGGAUGCCGAAGAGAAAAUGGAAGACAAAGUCUACCGUAUCUGGAGUGUAUUAUCAUCUUUCGAAGAAUCUUCUGCAGCAUGUAUUAGUGACAUGCUUUUACAUGUCUCUAAUGGAGCAUAUGUAGACGGCGUGUUCGUGGCUGAAAAGUUCAUUUGGCAUGUCGAAAUACUUUUCGGUUCCGCAGAUAACUUGGAUGCUCAAUUCAGUGGCAUGUCAGUGAAGGGUUUGUCUUACUCCAGAGAAGCGAAGCUACUGUGUAAGAAGAUAGUUGCGUUUUUUAGUCUUCUCUCGAAAACUCAAGAAACCGGUGUAAGAAAGCUCGGUGUUACACAAGAGCUAUUAUCGCUUGUUACCGGCCUUGCACAUUACCUGAAGCUACUGAUACGGAUCACUCUGCAAGGCUCCUUAAGAUUGGAACGAGAGCACAACAACAUUGAUGCUUUAAGGUUGUUUCUUGAAGAGCUAUCUGACUUAGAGUCCACCAAAGAACCAAAACAAUCUCUUGAAUCGACGCAGGGAUUGUCGGAAAACCUAGCAGAUCAGCAUUCUGAUCUCUGUACCGUUUGCCGCACCACCAUUGAGGAGGAGUGUGCCAAAUUUGAUGAUAAGAGGUGGCACAUGAGUUGCCUAGCAUGUUCAAACUGUAAGCGGGAAUUGAGGGGCCAUCUUGACGAGACCACGUGGUUUGAAGCAGAGCAAUGUGUUUUCUGCACCAGUUGUGCCUCUCAAGUAUCGGACACCCGUGGGCCAUUUGAGCGUGUAACACGCUUAAAACAAUACGUCUAUCUUCUACGUGUGGCACUUGCCCGGCUGUUACUGAGACUUAGGCAAGGAGGGACACUCCCGCAUACAUCAGAUGACCCCAAUCUCCGGAGUUACGAUUCCAGUGAGGGUCAUAAGCUUGGUAAUAUUGAACCUCCGCUACUUCGAUCAGAUACGCGGUCAAAGUCAUAUAGUGGGGAACGUGGGGAACGCGGGGAACAAACUGAAGCCUACACCAACACGAUAAACGACAUUCGUAGGUUACGAUCGACCCGCCUAGACCGGCAACUUGGAAGUUCGGCGAAGAAAGCCCGUCAGUCCCGAAUAAUUGAAGGGCCGGAGGCAGACAGUGUGCGACCAGGAUCCUCAGAUGGACACCAAGUUGAUAGGCGCCGUAAUACAGGGCAAUUCCACAUAGUUGAGGACAGGGAAUAUAAUGGAGAUGAGCAGGAGGCUCGUACUUUUGGCGAUGAUAAAGUGCUAACCCUUGACGAUAUACCGCGAAUUGUUGCCGCUGAGCAAGCCCGGGAACAACGGCCAAACGCGUUCAAGCACCACCGGCCCAAUCCAUAUGGAGAAGCGGAUGGACCAGGUCAGCCAAAACUUGUUAAUGGGCAUCAAAGAGAUCUCUCAGUUGACAAAUUACGAGAUAUGGGAAGCCAACAAGAACCUCCGCCACCACCAGUUAGGACAAAAAGAUAUUUUUCGGAACUCUCUGCAAUCGAUUAUUUUAUCGUACGACAUAUUGCAGUUCUUUCAAUGGAACCAUUGGUGGAAGGUCAUUUUAAUUUGGAGGAACUGUUAGGACUGAUAGAGACCAACAAGAAGACAUUUUGGGGGAAAUUCGGAAAGGCAUUCCAACCAGUUGAUAAGAAAAAGGGUGCCAAAAAGAAAGGUGUUUUUGCCGCCGUAGUCAGGAAAAUCAUGUCAAACAAGAAGCUUACAAAAACACUAGGUGUCUUUGGCGUGGCGCUAGACGUGCUAGUCGAGCGAGACGGCGCCGAAUCGAGCAUGGGUGUUGGCCCCGGAACUUUACGAAUACCUCAAAUAUUAGACGAUGCCGUGGUGGCUAUGCGUCAAAUGGAUAUGUCUGUCGAGGGUGUUUUCCGAAAGAAUGGCAAUAUUAGAAAGCUUAAAGAACUUGCGGACCAAAUAGAUCGGAGUGAGACUCAAGUAGAGAUGAGCGGCUGGGGCCCUGUCCAAAUAGCAGCGCUUUUGAAAAAGUUUCUAAGAGAAUUACCGGAUCCGUUACUAACAUUCAAGCUCCAUCGUUUGUUCGUGGCUUCUCAAAAAAUCAUGGAUGAAGAGAAGAAACGUCGUAUACUUCACCUCACAUGUUGCUUGCUUCCCAAAAGCCACAGAGAUACUAUGGAAAUCCUUUUUUCUUUCCUAAAUUGGGCUGCGUCAUUCUCUCACAUUGAUGAAGAGUCUGGAAGUAAGAUGGACGUUCACAACCUAUCUACUGUUAUCACACCGAAUAUUCUAUACUCCCAAAAGAAAGAAGCUGGCAUGGACGAUAGUUUUCUAGCUAUUGAAGCGGUACACACACUAAUAGCAUGUAACGAGACUAUGUGCGAGGUUCCUGAGGACUUAUUAUCAAUACUGAACGACUCCAAUCUUUUUGCCAACGGCGCGGAUGUUACAACUAAAGAUAUUUUGAAACGAUAUGGUGACCUUAUUAAUAGGCCGGCUCCCGGAAGAACUCCUCAAACUACCAGUUCACCACCAAGGUCUAAGGAUGGUAGAGCCCCAACAACCCCCGUCUUCCAUCGUGUGGAUACCGAUCCAUCUCAAAAUGUUGCGAUCCAAAAAGAAUCUUCAGUUAGACAUGUUGUGGUAAUCCUAACCAGUACCACCGAGGGCACGGUCGUGGGAAUUCCGGUUCAAGCCAGGAGGGCGAUAUUGGUCAGAACACCAUUCAGAAUGGCCAUGGUGGCCAGAAUGGUCCUAACGGCCCGAACCAUCAUGGCGUCCUUCAUCAUCCCCCAAAUGGUCAGAAUCAAACUCAAUGGGGUAAUCGACAAGGCCAACAAGGUCAAAAUCAUUCGAGCCAAAAUCAUCAAGGCCGUCAACCGCAGCAACAAGGCACUAUGGGUGUUACUGGCUUAA